AUGAGAAAACUCAGAUAUGCAACUGCACAUCUUCACCGAUCUCUCUGCUUCUCUUGGGCUGAGACUUACCAUCAGCUAUGCUCAUUUAGCAAAGUUCUAGAAGGUCUGCGAAAACUUGUUCUGUUUGCAUGGAACAAACCAUUGGCCGGCCCUCGAGGCUUCAGGCCAGCGGUGAACCAAGGAGUGUCUUGGAUGGAGAGAAUCAAUGCUCCAACUGUCCCUAUAGAUUACUUGCACCCCUCUGGGGGAUUGCAGGCUCCGGGCUCAUCGAGGCCACCUUCGUUCCACCGCCCAUCUGGAGUUACCCACGACCAGGGUCGCGAUGCAAUACCACCAGAUCAGACGCCUGCUGAUGAUGACAUCUUGGCUCUGCAGGCCGGGCUAGAUGAGACUGGCUCGGCGAGGCGGAUAUUUGAGAGGUCUCAGACCAACGGGAAGCCGCAGCUCGCUCUUGUAUCACCAGAAGCUGCGUUUCCGCCAGCUAAUAAUUUCCAUCGGAUCUCAGGGUUUUGGAAUGGGAAAGUAAAAGGAACUGGCCUCGAUUGUCUCACAUCCGCUCCAGCCGAUGAAUGCCGACGGGCAUUGGUAACCAGAUUUGACGACUCAAGAAGUACGACAGGUUCUCUGGUGGUUAGUGGAUGGGUAAACCGCGACAGGGGGGCUGGUCUGAGAAUGGCAGAGGAAAAACUCAAUUCAAGACAAUGGGAAAUUACUCAGGCUGCCACACGGUAUGUUCUAGGCUUGUUUGGGGGGCAAGGAGGGGAGUCAUCGCAUGUGUUUGUGAAACGUGAUGCUCAGGCUGGGAGCACAGAGGGAAGGAGUUGGAUGGAUGAAGAUGAAAGAGACAGUAGAUAG